AUGGACAUGUUAACCAACAAUCAAGAAGAUCAAUUCGAUUCUGCUAAUCAGUCAGGCCAAGGAGGUUCAUCUACAAACCUUGGCACCGAUCGGUCCUGCCCAGGAGGUUCAUCAACAAAUCUCACCACUCAUCUGUCUCAAAAAGGCCAAGGCGAUCUAUCUCAAACUCCUGACAUUGCGAUUCUUUUGAACCAAGCAAACUCAAUGAAUACCAACAGUUUGGGUUCUAGUCAUGCCCAAGGGGAUCCUGCUAUCACUGCAGGUCCUGGAGCAAACCAACCAGUCACUCCUCAAGGAAGUUCUGUUAAGGACCUCGAUAAGUCAACAAGCAAUCAACCUUCAAAUUCGGAAAUCAGCCUUUCAAAUCCGCCAAACCUUGAUGAACCAAAUGGCUUCUUUGCCGCAAAACCAAAUAGUGUUGUGGAAUCAACUACCAAAUUGGCUAAAACAUCACUGAACGACCAACAAGAACAAGCCCGUGAUACAAAUAUCAAUCAGGAUAGUUCUCAAGAUAUCAGCUCUUCUCAUACAAAUUCUCUGAACCGGAUUAACAGUGUUGUGGAAGCAACUACCAAAUCCGCUAAAACAUUAUUCAACAGCCAACAAGAAGAAGCCAGCAAUACAAAUAUCAAUCAAAAUAAUCUUCACGAUGACAAAGAUACCUUUAUUUCAGACAGGCUAGCGUAUGAAAUUGAGAAAGCUGGGAAGUCUCUGGCUCACUCAGAUUUUUCCUCAGCGGAUACAGGAAACAUUAACUCUUCUUCUUUGACCAACAACUCCAAUGAUCAAGUGGAAACACCUUCUCAAUCUCAUCCAGCUUCAACACCUCAGGCCAAUCAGAAGAGCAGUGCGACUGUUGAAGACACUAGUUAUCAAAGAAAUAUCAGACCAAGACUAGCAACGUCUGAUACCCCAAUUCCGUCUAAUCAGCACUCUGAUGCUGCCUCAAAACCCCAUUUGCUCUCUGAAACUCUGACCCCGGCAAAAGCGGCUUCUGACUCGACAGCCACAAUUCCCAAUACUAUUGAACAAGCAACAAGUCAUUCUCUUGGAAGUUGUGUCUUAGAUAUCAGUGAAGACUUGAAUCAUCAAGAAGAAAUCCAGAGCAACCACAAGCAAUCACAAUUGACUUCUUUUGACAUCUCUACCUUAAAAAGGGAUGUUCGAGCAAGAGUCGAGGUUGAUAGUACUUCUAUUCAAUCACCGCAGCAGAGCUCAGAGAAGAAACCUUUGUAUGCAUCAACUGCCAUUCCCAUUUACUCUAAGCUCAUGGCUGCUUUAGAAGAAGCAAAGCUGUCCAAUUGUUGGACUGCUCCAAUUGCAAUCCAACUGGAGGAACUUGCUUCCAAGUGUAUGAAAACCGGCAAUGCAAUAAUACAGAAGAAACCCCUUCCCCCCAAAGACGAGGUGAUAAUGAUCCCGGACAAUGAGGACGAAGACCUACUCACAAAAUACGGAAUUUCUCUUCAACUCUUCAAUAUUGACAAUGGCCAACUCAAUCCGAUUGCAAGUACCAGCCAAAAUAAUUCAACAUACAACGUGACGAAAGGGCCACUUGGAGGGGAAGAGAAUCACGACCGCCUGGUCGACUUGAAGAAUGUAGCGCUUGAAAACAAGGAGAUCCUUGAGGAUAAUCAUGACACGCUUGAAGUUUCUCAGACCGAAGUUAUAGGCGAUAAGAGGAAGGGUGGGAAAGAUGGAUUUGCGGUCUCAACUUCACCUAACCCUACUUGCGAACAUCAGAUUCACAACGUCAAUGAUAUAUGUAGUGAACCUAAUCAAGCUACACCGACAAACCUACCUGAUAAACAAACUCAAGAGUCAGCUUGUCUGUAUGAUCAAGCCUGUGAUCAAGACCCACCAAACACAUCUGACAAACGAACUGAAGAUUCAGCUGCUAUCAACGAUCAAGACUGGCCAGCCCUAUCUGCAGAGCAAACUGAACAGUCACCACCUGUGGAUGAUCAAGCACGGUCCACCCUUUCCAAAGAACGAAUUGACAAUUCAACUCCUAUGGACAAUCAAGGUAAUCAGUCAAACAAUCAAAUAACCAAUUCAGAGGGUCCGGUUGAAGAAGAUGUUCACCAAAUCAAUAAAAGAAAUUUGUGA